CAACCUAUGACCAAUCCCAUUCCAAGCAGCACGCACACAUCUGCAACAAUCCACUUAAGCUAAGCUCCGUAGGUAGCAGCAAUGGCGAGCGUGAAGGUUUUCGGGUCGCCGACGUCGGCGGAGGUGGCCCGGGUGCUGAUGUGCCUGUUCGAGAAGGACGUGGAGUUCCAGCUGAUCCGCGUGGACGCCUACCGCGGCCCGCAGCGCAUGCCCCAGUACCUCAAGCUCCAGCCCCGCGGCGAGGCUCUCACCUUCGAGGACGACAACCUCACCCUCUCCGAGUCGAGGGGCAUCCUGCGGCACAUCUCGCACAAGUACGCGAAGCAGGGGAACCCGGACCUGAUCGGCACGGGCGCCCUGGAGCGCGCGUCCAUCGAGCAGUGGCUCCAGACGGAGGCCCAGAGCUUCGACGUGCCCAGCGCCGAGAUGGUCUACAGCCUCGCCCUCCUGCCCCUCCCCAUGCCCAAUGCCAAUGCCGGUGGCGUCGUGGCCAGCAGCAACAACGGGCCGACGUUGACGAAGCGCGUGGGCCUAGCCGCGCCCAGCAUGGACAAGGCGAAGGAGGAGGAGAUGCGGCGGCUUUUCGAGAAGAGCCAGAGGGAGCUGGAGAAGCUGCUGGACAUCUACGAGCAGCGGCUGGAGGAGGCGGCGUACCUGGCCGGGGACAAGUUCACCAUCGCCGACCUCUCGCACCUGCCCAACGCCGACCGGCUCGCCUCCGACCCGCGCUCCCGCCGCAUGUUCGAGCGCCGCAGGAACGUCAGCCGCUGGUGGGACCAGGUCUCACGCCGCGAGUCAUGGACCUACGUUAAGAGCCUGCAGCGCCCGCCCGCCAGCGCCGCCGGCAAUGGCGACGCCGCGCAGCAGGACCGGUUCCUAUGGCAGCAAGGCAACAACUACCCGUACCGACAGCGCGAUUCCUACCCAGGCGAGGGGCAGGAGCAGCUGCUGCAGCAGGCCACCAACUACCAGAGCUGGUCGUCCAGCUCCAGCGACGUGCGGUACUGACGAGACGGCCGGAGGAUCGAGUAAGAAAUUCGGGGUUUGAGAAUGCGUCGAUGCGUACGUAUACGUUUUGCCUUCCUCUGUUUUUCCUUCGAGUGUUUCUUCGAGGUGACAAAGUCCGUUUGCCCGAGGGCACGUUGUGUGCUUUGUUUGAAAUUGAGUCGUGCUACUGCUUUAGAUUUCCAUCGCUAAUGUUGAUGACGUUAAGUUGUGUGGUGUAAUAAACGUUUCGACCGUCUCUCUUGAUGGAAUUGAAAAGGUCAUGUUUUC